AUGUAUCUGGAUGAUGGUUUUGGAACUUGUGUGGAUAAAGAUGACGCAGUAUUAAUUAGUUCACAGAUUAAACAAGAUCUGAUUGAAAGUGGGUUUGUUCCUAAAGUUGAGAAAUCAACGUGGUAUCCGGUCCAGAACCUGGUGUGGUUUUGGUACCUUGGUUCGUUGGGUAUAGAUGCCUUCACUGUAGAUUGGCAUGGUGUAAACGGAUGGACUCAUUCAGUUGAAAUACAGGAGCUUCCUGAAUGUUUUUUUGGUAAAAUUCACUUAGUUACUGAUUUGCUAGAAGGUUCGAAAGCAAAUUCAACCGUGUUGAAAUACAGUAGAGGUUUUAUGAGGGGGAAACGCUGGGCAACUAAAAAUGGUAUCUCAGACAGUGAUAUUUUACCGGCUAAAUCCCUUCAAGUAGCUUUGUAUUUGUCAGGCAUUAUUCAGGAAAGUAACACUCCUAGUACCCUUAUUAGUGCAUUCUAUAGUUUAAAAUGGGCCCAUGAUCUGGCAGAUUUAGAUUCCCCUACUAAUUCAAGUUUAGUUAAAAACAUCUUGGAGUCUGGGAAGCGAAAAUUAAGUAAACCAGUCAAUAAGAAAGAACCUAUUACUAAGAGUCAGUUGAUAAAUAUGUACGAGAGACUAAUUUGUUCAAUUUAA